UCCAUAUCCACCAUCACAUCAGUAUAGGCGUCCAACGAUACCUUGUUCCAGCCCACACAUACCUCCCAGCGACCAUCACAUCAAGCCACUUCGAUGGAAGCAGCUUUGAAUCGCUUGGGGCGGGCAACGGGAGCUUUGGCUGUUGGAACCUUCACCGUUUCGCAAUGUUUGUACACGGUUGACGGCGGUGAACGCGCCGUCAUGUUCGAUACGCUUCGUGGAGGUAUUUUACCGGAUGUCCGUAAAGAAGGAACACACUUCAUCGUACCUAUCAUCCAGCGUCCGGUAAUUAUGGACAUUCGUACCAAGCCACGAGAGGUGCCGUCCGUGACUGGUACCAAGGAUUUACAGAUGGUGAAUAUCAAGCUUCGCGUAUUGUGGCGACCCAUAGAAGAGGAACUUCCCACUCUGUACCGUGAACUGGGCACAGAUUUCGACGAGCGCGUUCUUCCUUCUAUCGGAAACGAAGUCUUAAAAUCUGUGGUUGCGCAGUACAAUGCGGAAGAGCUUCUUUCCAAACGUGCCGAAGUGUCCGAGCGCAUCAAGAACGAAAUGAUGAAACGUGCCAAACACUUUCAUCUUACGCUGGACGACGUUUCCAUUACGCAUCUGACAUUUGGUCGAGAAUUUAUGAAGGCUAUCGAAGCCAAGCAGGUGGCCAGUCAGGAAGCGGAACGCCAGCAGUGGGUUGUGAAGAAAGCCGAACAGGAACGGCAGGCGAUGGUGACUCGAGCGGAGGGUGAAGCCGAGUCGGCCCGUAUCAUCACAAAGGCGAUGGAGAAGACGGGAAACGCGAUUAUUGAGGUGCGACGUAUUGAUGCAGCCAAGGAGAUUGCGGGCAAGCUGGCGAACUCUCGCAACAUUGUUUACUUGCCAAACACUGGCGGUGGAAAUGAGUAUUGAAGCAGUGGCGGAGGCAGCAAUAGCACUGCAGGCGGUCCCCGCAAAGAAGCAAGCCGCCAAGGCUGCCACCGCAUCAUUGCCAGAGUAAUCGUUAACUUUUUCACCCACGUACGUAUACAGCAAACCGCUACCGAGUGUACCGAAGAGUCUUCCCAUUGCGUUAUUCAUGUAAUAAAGGCCGACCGAGACGGCAACCUUUUCCUUGGCGGCGUAGUUAACCACCAAGAAUGAAUGAAUGGACGAGUUUAUCGCAAACACUACGGCGAACGCAAUGAUCACCGUUACGAGAAAGGCCGUCAUACCCGAAACGUCGUAAGAAUCAAACAUGUCGGACCCUUGCAACACAAUGGCUGCGACCAGCGUUGGUAGACAAUUAAGGCUUCCCCACAAAACUUCGGUCAGCUUGUUGGGCGGUGUUUGUCGCAGCGGUCCCGUUACAAGCU